AUGGGCCCCCGUGGGCUCCUCCUGGGCAUCCUGGGGCUGCUGGCUCUGGGGGCCGGGGGGGGGCCGCUGCCCGAGGACGCGGCGCAGGAGCACGGCUACUACCUGCAGCAGCUUUUCGGGCUGUACGGGGCCAACGGGACGCUGCCCUUCGAGGGGCUGGCGCGGCUGCUGGGCAGCCUGGGGCUGGGCCGCGUGCGCGUGGUGCGGGUCCAGCACGAGGAGCUGGGCCACGGCCACGUCACCCACCUCGACCUGCUCGAGGUCCAGGACGAGAAGCACCGGCACCGCCACCCAGCCUGGGAGCACGGCCCCCCCCCCGGCACCCGCCACCCCGACGCCCAGAACUCCCAGACAAAAAGCUGGAUGAAGACAGCGCCUGCUGAGCCCCCCGGGGCUGGGGUCACCCCUGGGAGCCGUGGAGGGGCCCCCCUGCCCCCCCGGAGGGACCAGCCCAGCCUGAGCCUGUUGGGGAGGGUGCUGGGCUUGGAGCACUCCAGCGCCGACCACCCGCACGACGAUUGCCUCAAUGUCACCCAGCUGCUGGUGAAUUUUGGGCUGGCGUCGGUGUCCCAGCUGACACCGGAGCAGUUCACCCUCCUCUGCCCGGCCCUGCUCUACCAGAUCGACAGCCGCGUCUGCAUCCAGCACAGCGAUGAGGUGACGCUGCCUCCCCCGGGGGGGGGCCUGUGGCCAGCGCUGGGCUGGGGGCUCCUGGCCGUCGCCUUCAUCAGCCUGCCCUCCGCCCUGGCCGUCGUCCUCGUCCCGCUGCUGAGCCGCAGCUUCUUCCGCUCGCUGCUGGCCUUCCUGGUGGCACUGGCCGUGGGGACGCUCUGCGGGGACGCUCUGCUCCACCUCUGGCCCCACGCCCAGGGGAUGCACCAGGAGAUGCCGGCGGAGCCGGGGGCCGCGGUGCUUCAGGGGCUGACGGUGCUGGGGGGCAUCUACCUGCUCUUCCUGGUGGAGCUGCUCCUGGGGAUGCUGCGGCGGAGCCGGGAUGCCACGAGACACUCCCCUGGAGAGACCCUCGACGUGGCCACCGGGGUCCCGGCACCGUCACAAGGGGGGGCUGAGCUGCGACACCUGACAGCACCAGAGCCAGAGCUGGAGCUCAAGCCCCACGGACACCCCCACGGACACUCCCACGGCCCCACGCUGCCCCCCAGCCCCAGGGCCACCGACAUCAUCUGGAUGGUGGUGCUGGGGGAUGGGAUCCACAACCUGACGGACGGACUGGCCAUCGGUGCCGCCUUCUCCCACGGCCUCUCCAGCGGCCUCAGCACCGCGCUGGCCGUGCUCUGCCACGAGCUGCCCCACGAGCUGGGCGACCUGGCGGUGCUGCUGCGGGCGGGCACGGCCCCCCGCACCAUCCUGCUCCUCAACCUGCUCUCGGCCGGGCUCUCCUGCCUGGGGGCGGCGGCGGGGGCAGCCGUGGGGCAGAGCGCGUCCCACCUCACCCCCUGGAUCCUCACCACCACCGCCGGCAUCUUCCUCUACGUGGCCCUGGCCGACAUGCUCCCCGAGGUGCUGCGGGGCGCCGAGGGCCCCGGCGAGGGCACCUGGGGCCGAUUCCUCCUGCAGAACGUGGGGUUCCUGCUGGGCAGCAGCAUCAUGCUGGGCAUCGCCCUCGCCGAGGGACACGUCCGCGCCUGGCUGCAGCUCUGAGCGGCCCUGGGGGGGUCGGCCCCGCUCGCCCCCGACACCGCCCGGAGCGGGGAACCGUGGCCAGAGCCAGCAGGAAGGAUGGCAGGAUGGGGGGAGCCCCAAACGUGCCCCCAGGAUUAGACUUUCUCCCUUUCUGCGAGACCCUCAGCAGCAUCCGCCGUCCCCAGGGGUCUCUGUGGCUCAGCCCUGCGCAGCCCCCCCCAGCCCUGUGGGGAGGGGAUGUGGGGUCCCCUCGCACCCUGUGUCCUCUCUGGGGGGGGCCCGGGGCACCCAGUGCUCCCCAGGGUGAGAGGGCAGUGGGGUGCUCUCACCGCCGGCUCCGGGGGCGAGGUCGAGCACAUUUCCCUGUCCCGCUCCCCCUGGACCAGCCUUUAGCACAGAAAGGACGACAGGACAUAGAAGCAAUAGCAUUUUAAUAAACAUAAUUGAUUCAAAGCCACAA